CACACACACACACACACACACACACACACACACACACACACACACAACUGCACAUAGAACUAACAACUAAUUUUAAACAAAACUAAUUUUAGGGGUAAGAUCAUUGAUUAGAACAUAGUAAUGUUGAGCUACACAUUUAAAACAUCAACACAUCUGUUCUUUAUUCAGAUUGAGGAGCUGCGGUUUGUCAGAGAUCAGCUGUGCUGCUCUGGCCUCAGCUCUGAAGUCCAACCCCUCCCAUCUGAAAGAGCUGGACCUGGGCUUCAACACAACCUGAAGGAUUCAGGAGUGAAGCUGCUGUGUGCUGGAUUGGAGAGUCCAAACUGUAGACUGGAGACUCUGAGACUGACUUCAGAUCAGAAGAUGAGUGAUUUGGAGGAAGAGGAGGACGGAGCAGAGUCUGUAGUAUCUGGCUGUCAGUCUAUGAAGAGUGACUGGUCCAAAGAUCGUCCUCUGAACUUCAGUAAAGAACCUGGACCCUCAGACACAAAAGUCCAGAACAAGAGACAGAGACCAGAGUCUGUAGUAUCUGGCUGUCAGUCUAUGAAGAGUGACCGGUCCAGAGAAGAACCUCCACACUUCAGUAAUGAACCUGGACCCUCAGACACAAAAUGUUUCUGAGGUGGAGCUGUCCAGAACCAGAACCAGAACCAGAACUGGACUGCAGACAGCCAGUCAGAGCAGCUCUGAAAAAAAGAUCGGAGGUCAGCAUAAACAUAAGAUCAGAGUGAAGGAGACAUAUGAACGUGUGACUGAAGGAGCUGAUCAAACAGGAAGUGAAACCCUCCUCAACAGGAUCUUCACUGCGCUCUACAUCACAGAUGAACUGAGUGAAGAAGUUAAUACCCAACAUGAGGUGAUGCAGCUCGAGACAGCUUCCAAGAUGGAGACCCUCCAUGACUCUCCAAUCAAGUGCAGCGACAUCUUUAAAGCCUUACCUGACCAACAGAAACACAUCAGAGUCGUUAUGAUGAUCGGCGUCGCUGGCGUUGGAAAAACCUUCUCAGUGCAGAAGUUCUGUCUGGACUGGGCCGAGGGUUUGGAAAACCAAGAUGUGGAUCUGGUGAUUCCUCUUUCCUUCAGGGAGCUGAACUUGAUCAAAGAUGAGCAGUACAGUCUUCUGGAGCUGCUCCGUGUUUUCCAUCCAUCAUUACAGGAGGUCACAGCAGAGCAGCUCGCUGGCUCUAAAGUUCUCUUCAUCUUUGACGGCCUGGAUGAAAGCAGACUUUACCUGGAUUUCAACAACAAUGAGGCUGUUUCUGAUGUCACACAGAAGUCAUCGGUCAACGUGCUGUUGACAAACCUCAUCCAGGGGAAGCUGCUUCCCUCGGCUCUCGUCUGGAUAACUUCCCGACCUGCAGCAGCCAAUCAGAUCCCUCCUGCGUGUGUUGACAGGGUAACAGAAGUACGAGGCUUCACUGACGACCAGAAGGAGGAGUACUUCAGGAAGAGAGUCAGUGAUGAAGAGCUGUCCAGCAGAAUCAUCUCCCACAUCAAGACCUCCAGGAGCCUCCACAUCAUGUGUCUGAUCCCAGUCUUCUGCUGGAUCACUGCUACAGUUCUGGACCACAUGUUGACUACAGACCAGAGAGGAGAGCUGCCCAAGACCCUGACUGACAUGUACUCACACUUCCUGCUGGUUCAGACAAAGAGGAAGAAGCUCAAGUAUGCUGAGGGACAUGAGACGAGUCCACAGGAGCUGACGGAGGCUGACAGGGAAGUUCUUCUGAAGCUGGGGAGGCUGGCGUUUGAACAGCUGGAGAAAGGAAACAUCAUGUUCUACCAAGAAGACCUGGAGCGCUGUGGUCUGGAUGUCACAGAGGCCUCGCUGUACUCAGGAGUUUGUUCAGAGAUCUUCAAAAGAGAGAGUGUGAUCUUCCAGAAAACAGUCUACUGCUUCGUUCAUCUGAGCGUUCAGGAGUUUCUGGCUGCAGUCUACCUGUUCCACUGUUACACCAACAGGAACACACAGGUACUGGAGGACUUCCUGGGAAAAGGCUGCUAUGUUUAUUCAUCUCUGGAUUUCUUCCUGAAGAGAGCCAUGGAGAAAUCCCUGAGGAGUAAAAAUGGCCACCUGGAUCUGUUUGUGCGCUUCCUUCAUGGCCUCUCUCUGAAGUCCAACCAGAGACUCUUAGGAGGCCUGCUGGGUCAGACAGACAACAGUCCAGAAAUCAUCCAGAGAGCCAUCAACAACCUGAAGAAGAUGAACAGUGAUGAGAUCUCUCCUGACAGAAGCAUCAACAUCUUCCACUGUCUGACGGAGAUGAACGACCACUCAGUCCAUCAGGAGAUCCAAGAGUUCCUGAAGUCAGAGAACAGAUCAGAGAAGGAACUCUCUGAGAUCCACUGCUCAGCUCUGUCCUACAUGCUGCAGAUGUCAGAGGAGGUUCUGGAUGAGUUGGACCUGAAGAAGUACAACACAUCACAGGAGGGAAAACUGAGACUGAUUCCAGCUGUGAGGAACUGCAGAAAGGCUCGAUUGGAUUACUGCGGUUUGUCAGAGAUCAGCUGUGCUGCUCUGGCCUCAGCUCUGAAGUCCAACCCCUCCCAUCUGAAAGAGCUGGACCUGACCUACAACAAGAACCUGAAGGAUUCAGGAGUGAAGCUGCUGUGUGCUGGAUUGAAGAGUCCAAACUGUAGACUGGAGACUCUGAGAUUGAAGUACUGCGGUUUGUCAGAGAUCAGCUGUGCUGCUCUGGCCUCAGCUCUGAAGUCCAACCCCUCCCAUCUGAAAGAGCUGGACCUGAGUGGCAACGACAACCUGAAGGAUUCAGGAGUGAAGCUGCUGUGUGCUGGAUUGGAGAGUCCAAAUUGUAGACUGGAGACUCUGAGAUUGGAGAGCUGCAGUUUGUCAGAGAUCAGCUGUGCUCCUCUGGCCUCAGCUCUGAAGUCCAACCCCUCCCAUCUGAAAGAGCUGGACCUGGGCUACAACAAGGACCUGAAGGAUUCAGGAGUGAAGCAGCUGUGUGCUGGAUUGGAGAGUCCAAACUGUAGACUGGAGACUCUAAGAUUGAGGUGCUGCGGUUUGUCAGACAUCAGCUGUGCUGCUCUGGUCUCAGCUCUGAAGUCCAACCCCUCCCAUCUGAUAGAGCUGGACCUGAGUGACAACGAGCUGAAGGAUUCAGGAGUGAAGCUGCUGUGUGGUUUUCUGGAGAGUCCAAACUGUAGACUGGAGAUUCUGGGAUUGUGGGGCUGCGGUUUGUCAGAGAUCAGCUGUGCUGCUCUGGUCUCAGCUCUGAAGUCCAACCCCUCCCAUCUGAAAGAGCUGGACCUGGGUAACAACGGCCUGAAGGAGUCAGACGUGAAGCAGCUGUGUGAUCUGAAGGAGAGUCCAGACUGUAGACUGGAGACUCUGGAAUGGAGGUUGUAACAGAGUGAUCAGGAGGAGGAUGUUGGAGGACCAGCUGAGUCCUGAUGAUCCCGAGAGCUUGAAGCAGCAGCAGCACCUCUAACUGGGCCAUGUUACUGGGAGGUAGAGUGGAGAGACUGACUGAGGCUCUGCACGCUUCCACAUUAGCAACGGCACGUGGCCAUGAAAGAAGGAUGUCGGGCGAGUUGAUUGGCCGACAUUAUCCUCUGUGGGUCAGUGGGGGGGGCUCUGUCUCCAUCAGAAUCAGCUGACUCAGCAUACGUCAGACUACAGAGUGGAGCCAAGUGUGGAAAGCAUAUGUUUGCUAACAUUUCACAUUUUACCAUCAAUGGUAAACUUGACUGUCGUCGCUGCAGGACAGUCAGCUGUUAGUCUGAUAAACUUAACUGCCCCCCCGCUG